GACCGCCACAGAUCUGUUCGCAGUCCGCAGAUGUUCGGGGCCGGCGGGGCCGUCGGAGCGUGGCUGUGCAGCCCUAUUGAGAGGCCUGAGGCUGCCAGGCAUGCAGAUAGUCGACAGGGAAGAUGUAACUGCACUGUGUAAGGUCUCUCGUCCUCGCUGCAUCCUUGUCGCGUUAGUUAUUCAGUAUCCAAUAGUCUACCCAAUGCUUGCCUACCCGUCAGCAGCUCCCCAUCUAGACCUUCGCAUUGUCUAUCCAUCUAUCCAUACUAUGUGCAUCCAGACCCGAGAACCUGGACAACUCCCUGGCGCUAGAGACACCAGGAUUUGGAAAACACGGACAUUAGCGGCGAUUUCGCUUAUCCCGACCUUUGAUAGGAUCCUAGGAAGUGAAAUAGAUUAAUAUUACGCUGCGUCCUAAGAGCUAGCUGAGGGACUAAGAGGAUAAUGGUGAGGAAUAGCGAUGGAGAUGGAGGAGUGGAGAGGGUCCCAUCCGC